AUGUCCACCAGCAUGAACAUGGGCAGGGUCAUCUUCUACGAAGACAGGAACUUCCAGGGUCGUUCCUAUGAGUGCAGCAGCGACUGCGCUGACAUGUCCUCCUACCUGAGCAGGUGCCACUCCUGUAGGGUUCAGAGCGGCUGCUUCAUGGUCUACGACCGCAACAACUACAUGGGAAACCAGUACUUCAUGAGGAGGGGAGAGUACUCUGACUUCCAGAGUAUGAUGGGAAUGACUGAUAUCAGGUCCUGCCGCACGAUCCCAAUGCACAGAGGAUCCUACAGAAUGAGGGUCUACGAGAGAGAUAACUUCGGAGGUCAGAUGCACGAGAUGAUGGACGACUGUGACUCCAUCAUGGACCGUUAUCGCAUGUCCGACUGCCAGUCCUGCAACGUGAUGGAUGGCCACUGGCUGAUGUACGAGCAGCCCCACUUCAGAGGCAGGAUGAUGUACAUGAGGCCUGGAGAGUACAGGAACUUCAGGGAUAUGGGCACGAGUGGCAUGAGGUUCAUGAGCAUGAGGCAUAUCACUGAUAUGUGCUAG